AUGCUUAAAUUGAUUAGAUCAUUUCCACGUUACUCAGGAUUUUCUGUGAAACGUAGCAGUUUUGCAGUUGUCCGUCGCUUUGAUUCCACCAAAAACUUUCACAGGCCCGAUGAUGCUGGAUCUAAUGAUGCUGCAGAGGCAGCCGAUGCGGCAGCUACCAUAUUAGCAGAUAAGAGAGAUAUUGCUCAGGAACCAAACAAGGCAACUUGGAUUGAUGCUUUAAGGGAGCGUGAAAAACAGUUAAAAGAGGGUAAGAUAUUGGAUAGCUACUCAUAUGUUACUCCCAAGACCACAGUUGUAAGUGAGAAGACAAGAGAAGAGUCCUUUUCUUAUUUGACUUUACCAUUCAAGGAUGACAAGUGGUUAUGCGAUGCUUAUAUGAAUGCGUUUGGAAGAUUAAGAGCUGGACAAUUGUUUCAGGAUUUGGAUGCGUUGGCUGGUAGAAUUGCUUAUCGUCAUUGUUCACCUGCGGAGCCCGUUAAUGUUACUGCAUCAGUAGAUAGAAUAUACAUGGUGAAGAAAGUAGAUGAAAUCAGCAAGUACAAUUUCGUUUUAGCUGGAUGUGUGACCUGGACUGGUAGAUCGUCAAUGGAGAUUUCUGUGAGAGGCUAUGCAUUUGAAGACGCUAUCCCCAAGGAUAUUACCGAAGGUUCAUUGCCGGAUGAGAAUGUUUUCAUGACUGCUAACUUCACUUUCGUUGCGCGCAACCCGCUUACUCACAAAUCUUUUGCAAUUAAUAGGUUGUUGCCAACUUCUGAGAAAGAAUGGCUUGAUUAUAGAAGAGCGGAAUCUCAUAACGCUAAAAAGAAAUUAGCAGCGAAAGGUAAGCAGCUCAUUAAACCAACUGACGAGGAGUCAAGAUUAAUUUAUGAUAUGUGGAAAUCUUCGAAAGAAAUUGAGUCCCAAGGUGACGACCUUAAGUCCAAAGGUAUUUCAUUUAUGAAAGAUACUAAGGUCUCCUCCACAUUAUUCAUGCAACCACAAUACAGAAAUAGACAUUCAUAUAUGAUUUUUGGGGGUUAUUUAUUGAGACAAUCUUUUGAAUUGGCGUAUUGUGCAGCUGCAGCAUUUGCUUCGUCUGGUCCUAGGUUUGUAUCCUUAGAUUCAACUACCUUUAAAGCUCCAGUUCCUGUGGGAUCGGUAUUGUCAAUGACUGCAACGAUUUCUUAUACUGAACACGUUCAUGAAAAAUCCAUAGACGAUGCUGAGGUUGAUCAGCCUUUCAACUUUAAGUUACCAGCUUUUAAUAAACUUUCGUCGAAUCCUGAAGCUUUCUUAUCGGAGCCAGGUACUCUUAUCCAGGUGCGUGUUGAUACAUUCAUCAGAAAGUUGGAAAGUGUUCAAGCUAAAGAAUCAGGCACCUUCAUAUACUCUUACUUUGUGCCAAAGGACUCAUAUCAACAAACACAGCCAAACUACACUUCAGUUAUUCCACAGACAUAUUCCGAAAUGAUGGAAUAUGUUGAAGGAAGGAGGAGAGCUCAAGACACGGCUUACUUUGUGGACACAUUACCGAAAUCGACCAAGUAA